GGAAAAAGGUUGGGCUAGUACUAGAGGAUGCCCUUUUGAUAGAAUCCCUAUCGGCAAUUUAUUUUGUUUUUCCCUGCAUUUAAAAAAGAGACAACAAAUUAUGGAAUCAGCAAAACUAGAUGAAGAAAAGUUACGAGAAGCCGCCUGUUAUGGAGAUCUAGAAGCUGUAAAAACAUUACUUAAAAAAGGUGUGAAUAUUAACUCUCAGCAUAGCAUCAAUGGCUGGACAGCAUUGCAUUGGGCUGCAAAGAGAAAUCAGCUUGAUGUUGCUCAUUGCUUACUAACAAAUGGAGCUGAGAAAAAUUUAGAGAGUUUUUCAAAGGAAACCCCAGCAGAUUUAUCCACAAGUCCAGCUAUUUUAAAUCUCCUUGGUUCACCACUGAUGAGGACUAAGACGGAAGAAGCAGAACAGAAUACCAUAACUCCUCAUUACCUAGCACAAUCAAACACUGGUUACAAAGUAGAUACCCACGAACAAACAAAGUUAUCUAUGACACUGCCAAAUGGGGGUGAUCUAGUAAAACAAAAAGUAUUUAAUAAAAUAGAAUUAGUGUUUAAGCUUCGAAUAGCUUACUCAACUGAUACAGACUUCAUUGAAGUGGAAAUUGAGAGAUCUGAGUUAAAUUAUCAACAGUUUUUGAUUGUUUGUUGUUCUGAACUUGGCCUGAAUUCAAAGUAUGUUGAAAGGCUACGUAAACUCCCAAAUACAAGACUGAGAAAAGAUAGGGAUAUACAGAGGUUAAAAGAUUUUGAGGAAAUUGAAGUUGUUCUGGUUGGCAGUAAGCCAAAGUUUACCAUUGAAUCUGACUCCCCAAAUAUUGUUGGACCAGCUUUGAAGAAUCAAAAUCAAACUAUCCUUUACUAAUUCCAGGUGGUGCCGUAUGGUUCUGAAGACAGUUAGUUGUUAUUUAGGGUUGGUACUUCCUUAUUUUGAUAUGGAUUUUCUUUAGGCAGAUAAUGUUUGACCCAAUCUCACUCGUUAUAUCCCAAAUAUGGAUAAUUCCUGAAUUAUGUUAAUUUACGAUGGGUCUGCUACCUUGCACGUAUUCGUUGUCAACUUACCGCCACUUUUCCCACGAUUCACUAUGCUGUAUGGUGGUAGGGUAAUGUCUUCGCACGCUUGAUUUUUUUUUUAUUUAAAUACUAUUUUAGACAACUAUGUUGACUACUUUCCAAUUUGCAAGAGCCAGAGAUGAGUAAACAAAAAACAAGUGUCCACCUUA